AUGACUCAAAGUAUUAUAAAAGGUAAAGACACUCUUACUCUUCAAUUGAGCGGUAUUGAAACAACUUUCCACCAUAUUUGGCUCCGGGACCACUGUCGUUGUGAGGCAUGCUACUUUGACACCACAAAACAGCGUCUUCUCAAUUCCGCUACCAUAGAUGAGGACAUUCAUCCUGUUGAAGUGACUGUGAACAAUGAAAAACUACAUGUGACGUGGAGUCAAGAUCAGCACAAGUCGGUUUAUGACUUGAGCUGGUUGCAACUUCACUCCUACAAUCCUCCAGUCUUGCCCAAGGAGACUGUUCAGAACGAAAAGAAGUUGUUGAGUCGUCAAUUUUGGAGAACCAAGGAUAUGGAGAACAACAUGCCUGCUGUUGAUUUCAAUUCAAUCAUGGCUUCCAGCGAUGCAUCUGAUGGCGAGGCUGCAAUCAAGGACUGGUGUGAGAAAAUCUGGCGCCAUGGUUUUAGUCUCAUUGACAACGUACCGGUGACCCCUGAGGCGACCGAACAGCUUUGCGAGAAGCUCAUGUAUAUACGCCCGACUCAUUAUGGUGGUUUCUGGGAUUUUACUUCGGACCUAGGCAAGAAAGACACUGCUUAUACCAACUUCGACAUUUCGGCGCACACAGAUGGAACCUAUUGGUCUGACACGCCUGGUUUGCAGUUGUUCCAUCUCUUGUACCACGACGGUACUGGAGGCACCACGUCUUUGGUUGAUGCUUUCCAAUGUGCCGAGCUUUUGAAAAAGGAGCAUCCAGACAGCUACGAUCUCUUGACCAAGAUCCCAGUUCCUGCCCACUCCGCAGGCGAAGAAAAGGUUUGUAUUCAGCCUGAUAUUGCGCAGCCUGUGUUGAAGCUUGAUGCCAAUGGAGAAUUAAUUCAAGUGAGAUGGAAUCAAAGUGACCGUUCUUGUAUGGACUCUUGGUCAAACCCUGAAGAUGUGCCCAAAUUCUACGCUGCCCUUCGUCAUUGGUACAAAAUUAUUUCAUCUCCAGAGAAUGAGAUUUUCUAUCAAUUGCGUCCUGGUCAAUGUUUGAUCUUUGACAACUGGCGUUGCUUCCAUUCAAGAACAGAAUUCACCGGAAAGCGUAGGCUUUGUGGAGCAUACAUCAAUAGAGACGAUUUCGUGAGCAAAUUGCGCAUUCUUACUCUUGGCCGUGAGAAAGUACUUGAAACUCUUUAG